AUGGUCUUCAAGCAGCUUGCUGAUCUCACAAGGCCAGAGUCCGAAAAGCGCUAUCCCAAUCAACCUUUCGGGUCAGUCGAAGUCAGUUCAGAAGACCUCGGCUACCAAGUGCAGGGAGUCGAUUGGAAGAUUACAAAGGUCCAGAAUGCAGGAGGCGACCCUGCAGACGUUGUCGGCGAAGCAGAGUCCAAAGCCUCUGCCCCCGACGUCCACGCUGUGCCCGGUUUGGCACCCAUCUUCAAGAACGGCAAGACGGUAGCCGAGGCAGACGUAAGCGGUGAUCUGACCGCCUUGCGAGAGCAAGUGCUCCUGCAGUCAAAGAUUGCCAGUGCUUCUCACGGUAGCAAGCGCAAGGAGUCUGGUAGCACCUUCUCCCCCAUGAAACCACCCAGCUACCCUCUUGCUGUCAAGUCGCCCUACCUUAACGACUGGGCACCCGCUGGACGGAACCCUGCUGCGACACCGCCCAAUCGCGUCGGCAAUGAUGGCUACCUCGCGGGAAAGGCCAGCGCCUUUUGGACUUCGCAGUACGGCGCCGACGGUGACUACAGAUUGGGCUGGAACGGAUUCAUUCGAGUAGACAAUGUCACUUAUCAGUGGAUGGGCGAUGCUUUCGGCACAACUGUCCGAGAUGGCGAAGAUGCCGAGCAACUGUCUGUGGAAUACACUUCCACCAAGACCAUCUACAAAUUCAAGGCCGGCGGCGUCCACUUCAACGCUACCUUUAUGACUCCUAUCUGGCCUCAUGACUUUGUGCGACAGAGCAUCCCGAUGAGCUACCUUCACUUUGCCUACGACUCUUCGACUGCCAAGGGCAAGUCCGUACAGGCGUACGUUGACAUCGACGAGAGGUGGGUCACUGCGCAUGUUCAGGAGUUCGACCGCUACCCUUACUAUCAGGAAUUCAAGGACCUCAAGGGGAUUCAGCGCUGGUACAUCCAGCGGAGGAACCCCGAGGUCUACAAGGAGUGGCGACAGAGGGCAGAAUGGGGUAGCGUCACGUGGGCAGCACGUGAUCGUCCUGCUCUCCUAGCAAGGAACAACAACAAUAUCAACGUCCAGAACGAAUUCAUCACCACUGGAGUCAUCAGUCCUCACCGAGACUACGUGGGAGGCCCUCAGAAUGCCUUUGCCUACUCGGUCGACUUUGACGCAAAGCACGGCGGCAACGAUGUCAUCUUUGCCAUUGGCCAUCUGCGAACCCCCUAUGUCAAUUAUGUCAAGGCUGUGCCGGGAAGCAAAGGCAAGAAGAGCUACCAGCAGGACCGCUACGGUCUCUGGGCCGCCAACUUUUCUUCCUUCGACGAGGUAGUGACGUUCUUCCUGGACGAUUUUGAAAAUGCUCUGGAGCACUGCACUAAGCUUGACAAGAAGAUUGCCAGCGAGUCAAAGGCCGUGGUGGGAGGUGGCAAGGCUGGUGACGAGUAUGCUGCUAUCACCUCGCUCUCUGUCCGUCAGGCAAUGGCGGGUAUCGAGUUCACCGUCUCAAAGAACAAGCAUGGCGAAUACGACACCUCUGACCUGCUCAUCUUCCUCAAGGAGAUCUCGUCCAACGGUGACAUGUCAACGGUCGACGUCUUCUUCCCGCAGUUCCCGAUCUUGACGUAUUUGAACCCGGAACUGCUCAAGCUGGUGAUGCUGCCCAUCUUUGAGUACACCGAGAGCGGCCUCUACCCCAACAAGUGGUGUGUACACGACCUUGGAACCUAUCCGAAUGCCUGGGGCUACAAUGACGGCGACGACGAGCCGAUGCAGGUGGAGGAGAGCGGCAACAUGGUCAUCAUGGCUCUUCACUAUGCUCAGCUAGUAGAGAAAUCCAAGGCAGUGUCUUUCUUGAAGAAGCACUACAGGAUCAUGGCCCAAUGGACCGACUUUCUCAUCCAGGACUCGCUCAUUCCAGCCUCUCAGCUCUCGACGGACGACUUUGCCGGUGUAUUGGCCAACCAGACCAAUCUCGCGAUCAAGGGCAUUGCUGGAAUUGCCGCGAUGGGAGAGAUUGCACAUAUGGUGGGCCGCACCACUAAUGCCACCUACUACCGGGAUGUGGCCGAAAAGUACGUGGACAAGUGGUUCAAAUUGGCCCUUUCUAAGGAUGGAUCUCACAUGAAGCUCGCAUACCAAGACGACAAAUCCUGGGGUACCCUCUACAACCUCUUUGCCGACAAGCUCCUGGAUCUGCGUCUGGUACCCAAGAAGGUGUACGACGUGCAGGACAAGUGGUACCCUACUGUCGAGCAAGAGUGGGGCAUCCCGCUCGAUUCGCGACACAACUGGACCAAGUCUGACUGGCAAAUGUUCAGCUCUGCCACAUCUGCUUCCAACUCUACGCGAGACCUCUUCAUCAGCGGCCUGUACAGCUUUUAUGCUAAUGGACUUACAGACGGACCGAUGACCGAUCUGUACGAGACGACUACGGGAGAUUUCCCAAAGCAGCCAUUUGACCCACUCAUCUACUUUGAGGCCAGACCGGUGGUUGGUGGGCACUUUAUGCAUUUGGCUAUGCAGGCUGCGGAUGAUGCGAGGGCGAAGAGUGGAAGUGAGGGCCCGAAGGCGGGAGCGGGGAGAGGGGUUGCGCAGAUCAAGCAGGAGCCUUUCGCGAAGGCGGAGGACGAGGGGGAGGGAGAGGGGAGCCAGGGCCUGCCCAGCCCCAUGCCCGCGUCGAGGGGUCGUCAGAGGCCCUUUGCCGUCGGUCGUGGAAAGUGA